UGCGGUCUGUGUGCUGACUUCGGAAGAGUGCUGUAGCUGUCUUCUGUAAUAAGUAACGAACGACUGACCCGAAUUGUGUUUUUAAAUGAGGACGUUUUUGAUGUUUAGUUUGUGAAGUGAUCCGACUGAUAUCUGCCGAGAGAGCGGCGGGGAUGCGGCUUCAGAAUGGGAAACAUUUUCGGCAGAAAGAGACGCACUCGAGUGACAGAGCAGGACAGAGCUGUUUUGCAAUUGAAACAGCAGCGAGAUAAACUCCGGCAGUACCAGAAGAAGAUCAAUGUUCAGCUAGACAAGGAGCGACAGCUUGCCAAACAGCUGUUGAAAGAUGGCAAGAAGGAGAAAGCUCUGCUCCUGCUAAAGAAGAAGCGUUAUCAGGACCAGCUCCUCGACAAGACAGAGAACCAGAUCAGCAACCUGGAGCGCAUGGUCCAGGAUCUGGAGUUCGCCCAGAUUGAGAUGAAGGUCAUUGAGGGGCUGAAGGUCGGCAACGACUGCCUGAAGAAGAUGCAUGAGGUGAUGUCCAUUGAGGAUGUGGAGAAGAUCAUGGAUGAGACUCAUGACGCCAUCGAAUAUCAGCAGCAAAUUGAUGACAUGCUGGCCGGCUCGUUGACUCAGGAGGAUGAAGACGCCGUACUGGCCGAGCUCGAGGAGAUUACACAGGGAGACGAUGUUGAGCUUCCGGAAGUUCCAGACGAGGCCUUACCAGAGGAACCAGAGGUGGAGGAAGAGGAACCGGAACCAGGUAUGAAAACACAC